AUGUUACUUUGUGUCUGUGGCAAAAGUUUGCAACAUCGCAACAAAAUCUUUUUUUGCACCUCUGGCACUUUACCCGGCGUCCACUUCCUAUAAAUGAUGGAUCCUCGUCCUGGCUUUCUCCUUCGUUGCCCUGCGCUGCUUUCUUUCUGCUCUAUAUUGGUUUCAAAAACCAGGCAUGUCGAUACUCAGGUCACUGAUAUUGACUAUAUCCUGAUGUUCACUCUCUACACGACGGAGCUUAUCCGGCCGGCAUGCGCUGAAAUGGCUCGAACUAGGUUUCCAUCCCACACGGUGUUCUUUGGCUUCUCUCCCAGAUGCGCUACCUGUCAACAUGGUUGAUUUGCAUCCCUUCUAAAAUACGUGAUAUCGUGGAUUUAACUAAACGCAAAGUGUUGAAGACUCCCAGGGAUUUAAGCGGUGCUUGAGUCAACUUUGCUCGGAGCUAUUCGCGUAAAGUACAAGCCGUUUCGUCAGCUGCCGUCGCAUUCAGCUCCAUGACUGACUCAAG